AUGUCGUCGCAAUUGACAAUAACCUCAAAGAGCACAUUACCUUCAGGUUAUGAGAUGCCUGUCUUAGGGUACGGUGUAUAUCAAACACCCUACGAUGUCUGCUAUCGACACGUAGAUAGUGCACGAGUCUAUCGAAAUGAGCAGCCUUGCGCGGAAGCCAUCAAGGCUUCGGGGCUGAAACGUGAGGAUAUCUUCUUUACCAGCAAGAUCGGCCCACGCGACAUGGGAUACGAGAAGACCAAGAAGGCCAUUCAAGCCUCUUUUGCCGAGACGGGCCUUGGAUAUGCUGACCUCUUCCUCAUACAUGCGCCUUAUGGCGGCAGGGAAGCCAGGCAAGGCACCUGGAGGGCAUUGGUAGAAGCGCAAAAUGAUGGUCUUAUUCGCUCUAUUGGUGUGUCAAACUAUGGCGUCCAUCAUCUCAAUGAGCUGAAGCAGUAUAUCGAAACUUCUGAUAUUGGUGGGAAAAUCGCUGUUGGUCAGUGGGAAAUCCACCCAUGGCUACCCAGACCUGACAUUGUGCAAUGGGCACGCGAGAAUGAUGUCGUCGUUCAGGCCUGGAGUCCUCUCGUGAGGGCAGAGCGACCAAAUGAGUCCAUCCUGGGACAACUCGGCAAGAAGCACAACAAAUCAUGGGCUCAAGUCCUAAUUCGAUGGAGUUUGCAAAAAGGGUAUGUUCCUUUGCCUAAAAGCGUGACGCCCGCGCGAAUUGAAGAGAAUGCGAAUGUGUUCGACUUUGAGCUGGAUGAAGAAGAUAUGAAGAGCCUACACUUCCCUGAUUCGUAUCAACCAUGCAGCUGGGACCCUACCACGAGCAGCGACUAG